GGCGGAAAUAACCGAAUGCCGCCGAGUCGCCGAGGAGGCGGAGGUCAAGCGACGACGCGCGCGUUCCUGGAAAGGAAGCGGAAAUGCGUGAGGGUAUUAAAGGUGACGCUCCGCCUCUUCCCUCCUUUUUCCGUCUCCCGCUGAGGCACCAAGAGGAGCUGUCGCCAUGUCCGCCCAUCUGCAAUGGAUGGUUGUACGGAACUGCUCCAGUUUCCUGAUAAAGAGGAACAAGCAGACGUACAGCACCGAACCCAAUAAUCUGAAGGCCCGCAAUUCCUUCCGCUACAACGGGCUGAUUCACCGCAAGACGGUGGGCGUGGAGCCGGCAGCGGAUGGCAAAGGCGUGGUGAUCGUCAUGAAGCGGAGAUCCGGCCAGCGAAAGCCAGCCACCUCCUACGUGCGGACCACCAUCAACAAGAAUGCCCGGGCCACCCUCAGCAGCAUCCGACACAUGAUCCGCAAAAACAAGUACCGCCCUGAUCUGCGCAUGGCGGCCAUCCGCAGAGCCAGCGCCAUCCUGCGCAGCCAGAAGCCCGUGAUGGUGAAGAGGAAGCGGGCCCGCCCCACUAAGAGCUCCUGAGACACACACCUCCCCCCUCUGCUCCAAGAAAUAAAGGUGUCAGCUGACCCUCAA